UUUGUCAAAACUCCAAAAAGUGGUCCUAUAGUUUUUGUGGGCCUUUUUGAAAUUUUAGGAGAUCACAAAUCGAAGCUUUCGAUUGAAAUAAAAAAUGUGAUUGAAUUAGAUUUCUCCUAUAACUCAGAAUCAUCAUAUAAGAAUUUUGAUGAUUUCUUCAUUCAAGCAAAUUUGAAUUCGGCAAAAUUAAAUCUUCAAAAUUACGACCUUGAUGUGCGAUCCCAGGGUAAAUCUAUAGUAUUCCAUUUGAAAAUCGCACAGGAUGUAAUUUUUGCUGGCAGCGCGACUUACUCGCAUAAAAAGGAAAAGAGCAAGAGCAUUAUUGAAGGCCAGGGCCAGGCACAAUAUAAAGGAAAAUUACAGAAGACAAAUUUCCGACUCAUACAUCAAAUUUAUGACGUUAAUGUUGACAAAGAAAUGGGGUUCUCAUAUACCUUGGAUGGCACUUUUGGUCCAAAAAAAGGUGUGUCUACUUUGAAAAUUACGAACAAGGAAGUUGAUGUUAAAUUAUCAAUAUGUGAGGAGAAGAAACAAUGUACCAAUGUGCAGUUGCAGUCUAUUGUCUCCCAAAAUGGCCAAGAAAUAGAGUCGCCGCAACAUUCCUUACUUAUUGUAAUAGAUUUGCGGGAACUUGGCUAUCCUUACGAAUUUGAAUUCCAAUCAAAGACUAUUCCUCAAGGAUUGAAGCUUCAAUAUAGCCUCGAAUCACAAAUUGUGUCAAAUAAUAACUUAAAGUAUAAGUUUGUCGCCAACAUAUUGCCAACCAACUCUAAUAUUCAGGUCACAUUACCUCAUCGGGAACUUUUACUAGAAGUAAAGCAACUAUUCCCCGGGCAAGGAAAAAUCUUUGGACAUUACGAGAAUUCAAUCAUCUUCUACUUUGAUAAAAUGAACAAACCAAAUGAUGUUACUCGUCUAAAGGCUGUUGCUGAUAUAACUGGUACUGAGCUCUUAGACAUAAAUGUAAACAGUGAAAUGAGGUUUGAACAUCCAACUAUUCGUCCAUUGACAAUCUCUGGGAAAUUUGAUGUUAACCGCCAGCAAAAGAUUGUUAACAGCGAAGUUAUUUUGGACAUAUUCCGUUAUCCGGAACAACAGAUUAUCAGUUCCCUGCGCACACAAAGCAUCAACCAAGGCAAUGGUUUUAAUAUUACUACUUUGGAAACAUUGCAUUCCACCGGUCUGGGUUUUAAAUACGAAUUCAGCGGUCACACAGCGGUUAACGUGGACUCACAAAUGUUCAGUGCGGGUGCCAUUUUGCAUAGUGGUGCAUCAGAUCUGAAAGCUGUUGCCCACGUUUACGCUACAAUGGAGCAUACUGAUGUGUCCGUGUACGUUCUGAAUGAGCCCAUUUUACAGGUGGCAGUCGAUUUCAAUCGCCAAAAAUACGCAGUGAAGAUAGAUAGUAAGCUGCAACUGUUCAGCCAAGCUCCAUUUGAACUCGUCAGCGAGUUACAGCCCUCACAGUCAAAAUUCACUGUUAAACGCAAGGGUCUUCUCGAUCUGAACGCCGCUGUAAAACUUGGCAGGGAAUUUAAUGUUAGUAUUCAAGGCAUUGAUAAGCAACUAUUCAAUGGUCGCGUGGCUUUAGAUGCUGUCAACUUUUUGCAAACAAGCUACUCGAGCAACCGCGAUGACAUCACAUCAUUUCUGACUGUUGCUGAAACCGAAAUGAAAAAGGAUACAGAUGCAACAAUUGAAGAAAUAAAGAGCAGAUUUAAACAUCUACGCGAAAUGGUCAAUAAGCAAACACAAUUGUUGAAGGGUAGCACACCCGAUCUUUCGAAGCUGAAGGAAAAUUAUGAGGAAAGUCUCAACGAAAUCGUUAACGAACUAGCGAACGACCCGGCCUUAAAGCAGAUUAAUGAAAGCUAUGAGAAGAUUUACAGUAGGGCUUUGAAAAUUGCUGAGGAUGUAUCAAAGACUGCUACUGCAUUCUUUGAAAACGUGCACAAGUCCAUUGCAGAAUUUUAUGAAAACUUGCAAAAUACAUUAAAGGAAACCGUGCUACCAGCAUGGGAAGACCUGUUGGUUACCGCUUCCAAAGUUCUUGGAGAUUUGCGCGUGAAAAUAGUAAAUAUUCUAACUCAACUGGUCCAAGAUGCUUGGAACAUAUUGGAAGAAUACGAGCCUGCGUUAAAAAAUUAUGGCAAAGCCAUUAAUGAUACAUUGGAGCCACUGAAUGAAGCUAUUCAAGAACUUAUUAAAGUAGUAGCCGAGAUCAUUGAGGAGUUCUCCGAGGAAUUGAGGGAAUAUCUUACGAAAUUCCCAAACUUGAUGCGUUCCAAAGUGAAUUGAAGAACCGUUUGAAAA